AUGCUGGGCCAGCUUGUUGUGGCCAAGAGACGAAGACCCCAAGUUGGGUCAGGGUCUGCAUUUGGCAGUGAUGAACCAGAUCCGAAGAUGCAGAAGGGCGGGGCGGGGCUGGAAGAAGGAGCUGGAGCUGUUGAUCCGAUGAACAGUGGCGGCAGGGUUGCGCCCUUGGCAAACGGGCGGAAGAAACAAAUUGAUUCUACCCCGUGCUCCGAAGUGCCUACAGACCCACUGAACUCAGCUAUAAUUGUUGCAAACCUAAAUUCGUGGAAGCUUAUUGGCCUUGGAGCUGGGUCUUGGCGACUGAAUCAUGGAGUCACAUGA